UGGCGUUUCGGAAAAGAGGUCCUUUAAGUUGGGAGUCCGCGUCGCGGCGCUGAAUGAAUAUACAUAUAUUUCAAUUAGUGCAUUUGUGCUGCAUAUUGUUAUACACACAGACUAUAUGUAUGUGUGAAGAAAAUGCAUUGCGUACCUAAGAAAGUUUGCUCAUAACUAAACUGUGGAUUAGUUUUAUAUGUUAAUAUAAUGGAAUCUGAAAAAUGGCAUUUACGAAUAUGUUUAUUUUUGCUAUUUAUCACAUCAUCAUAUUCAAAUGUUGGAAAAAUAACGUCGUCUCAAAAUCUCUUUGGAAACACUGUUAUGAGUCAAUUUAAUACUAAAAAUAACACGCGUGUAAUUGCUCAAAAAGGAGGACUUGCAAUCUUACCAUGUGUGGUUAAAGUUAAUUCGCCUGCAACGGUUUCUUGGAUUCGGCGAAAGGAUUUCCAGUUACUUACAGUAGGAUUAUCAACUCACAGCAGUGACAAGAGGUUUUUAGUUGAGCAUACACGACACAUGGGCCAUUGGUCUCUGCGUAUAAAGGCUGUGAAGGAAGAGGAUCGAGGGCUUUAUGAGUGUCAAUUGUCAAUUUAUCCAACUCAAUCAAUUUUCAUAGAAUUAAAAAUUGUUGAAGCGGUAGCCGAAAUAUCAAAUUCUUCUGAUAUUCUUAUUGAUGAAUCCUCAACCCUUCAACUACAGUGCAAGCUUAAAGGUGCUACAGAGAAUCCAUCUUUUGUAUUUUGGUAUCAUGAAAACAAAAUGAUUAACUAUGAUGCACAAGGUGGUUUUGUUGUAACAUCAAUAACUGAAAAUUCGCUUCCUAGCCCAGAGAAUGGAUACCUCCAUCAGUCAAAGACAAGUAGUGGAAAAAACAAAACUAAAAAUAGCUCAAAGGAGCCUAUUGGUGUAAAUAGUAUCAACACCAGUAACGUUUUGAGUUUACCUGUGUAUACAUCACCUGUAACCCCAUUAUCAACUUUGCAAUUACAGCAGCUUAAGUCCCCAUAUCUUCCAAAUUCUUCUAUGAGUGUGCUAACAAUUAAAACAGUUACAUUCCAUCAUGCUGGAAAUUACACGUGUGCUCCGUCAAAUGCACGUCCCGCAAGCAUUACGGUACAUGUUCUCAGAGGUGGGAGAAAAACCUGCAGCUAUGCAACAUGCGAAUCGAAGUAUUAUUGA